UACAUAAUUUCAUACGGGGCAAAAAACUUCGUCGUUCCUUCAUUUCUUUUACCCAACCAUCUUUCGGCGUCGCCACUAAAGAAACCUCAAACUUGCAAGUUUACUUCAACAAAAUUGAGAUAGGUCACCAAAAGAAAGAUGGGCAAGGAAAGAGGAUUGGAGUUUCAGGAGGUGUUGAAAAAUUGGCAAUAUUUGGUGAUUGUGCUUGUACCCAUUAUAUUCGGCUGGGUACCCAUAGCGUUCAACAAUUCGGUUGGCCAUAUGGCCUACUGCAUAAUCAUCAUGGCGCUGUACUGGAUGACCGAGUGUCUGCCCCUGGCUGCCACCGCCCUCCUUCCUAUCCUCCUCUUCCCGCUUUUCGGUAUCCAAAAGUCCAAGGAUGUUUGCAGGAACUACCUUACCGAUACCACUACGGUCUUCUUCGGUGGCUUGAUGGUGGCUGCCGCCGUCGAGCACUGGAACCUCCACAAGCGCGUCGCUCUCAGAGUUCUCAUGCUUGUUGGUGCUAAACCAAGAUGGUUGAUGUUCGGGUUUAUGUCGACCACAGCUUUCUUAUCCAUGUGGAUGAGCAACACGGCGACGACCGCGAUGAUGAUCCCCAUCUCUCAGGCUGUCCUCGACGAACUCAAGCCUAGCGAAAACGAUGAGGAGACAGGCGGUGAUGUCGACAAAAAUGACGAAAAUGGAAGUCCAAUGCAUAAGGGCUCAGAAGAAAAGGAAGAGCAUUGCUCUGAAAAUCCUAUCGAACUCGAUGAAAUCGCAGCUGGUCACAUCGUUGAAGAGCCCGGAUCAUUUCCAGUGGAGAUUAAAAAUGCACCGCUGCUCAUCGAGGAGGAGUCCAAAGCUGAUCGGGGCCACCGUCUUCUCUGCAAGGGUAUCACACUCUCCAUUCCUUAUGCAGCCAACAUCGGCGGCACCGCCACCUUAACGGGAACUCCUCCCAAUCUGGUUAUCAGUGCACAGGUUAAAAAACUCUUUGGUCCCGAAGUCGGUGUAAACUUUGGAACCUGGAUGAUGUAUGCAUUCCCUGGCAUGGUGAUCUGUCUCCUCAUCUGCUGGGUCUGGCUACAAAUCAUGUACCUCGAUUUCUUUUGUCUUCAGAGGAGUGAUAAGCGUGUCGGCUUAGCACAAGAAGAGAGAGCGAAGAUGGUGAUCAGGAGAAGUUACGCUGCUCUUGGUAAAAUAUCCUUUGCUGAAUGGGCUAUUCUGGGACAUUUUGUAGUCCUGGUCAUUCUGUGGUUGACGAGAGAUCCCAAGUUCGUCAAUGGCUGGUCUGUAAACUUCCUCAAAGGGUACGUGACGGACGCUACCUCUGUUAUAUUCAUCUCUUUGCUACUCUUCGCCUUCCCAUCAAGGCUGCCCUCAUUCUUUUGCCGAAAAAAGCAAGAUGAUGAUGGAUCAGAAGAUAAGAAACCAGCCAAGAUUCCAACCUUGCUCACGUGGCCUGUCAUACAUGAGAAGAUGGCGUGGAGUGUCAUUAUUCUCCUUGGUGGUGGAUCGGCCCUAGCUGAUGGCUGUAAGGUGUCGGGUCUCUCCGCCUGGUUAGCGACUCAGUUUAAGGAGUUCUCUGCACUCCCACCGGCAUCCCUGGCCAUUAUCAUCUCGACUGUCGUGGCUACUUUUACUGAGGUCACCAGCAAUACGGCCACCGCCACCAUCUUCCUACCCAUCUUUGCUGAAUUGAGCAUCAGCAUCGGGCUCAACCCUCUCUAUCUGAUGCUCCCGGCAGUCAUUGCGUGCUCCUUCGCCUUUAUGCUUCCGGUAGCCACACCGCCUAACGCCAUAGCCUUCGCCCAUGGCAACCUUACGGUACUUGAUAUGGUCAAGGCUGGCAUCGUGAUGAACAUCGCGUGCAUAUUUGUAUCGAACCUCAGUCUCAAUACUUUGGGUGUCUGGGUCUUUGAUGUCAAAACCUUCCCUGCAUGGGCUAACAGAACGGUGACAUAAUCUUCUUCGACAUCAGGCAGAUGUGAUGCAGCCCGCGAGACCGAAAACCUAUUAGACCGACAGGAUACUACACCGACGGCCCACGGACCGACAGCAAAUUAUACCAAGAAAGUUCGACUUUCUAACAACUUUUUUUUUAGGGCUGUCAGACUGACAGCCCGCGAGAACGACUUCCUUCGAGACCGAUAUUCUUCUAUCUUCCCUUUGCUGGUCUUGUAUGCUGUCUGUCUCGUAGGCUGUCGGUCUCUUAGACCUUUUGGUACACUCUUCUUUCCUUUACUUUUUGAAAAGUAUUUCGAUGUUUAGUCGGUCCUUCUACUGGGAUUACCUCUUGAUGUCAGAUAUUAUAUAGUUUACUUGACAUGUUUGGUGCCCUUUUUAGACAAAUUUGCCGUGCGAAAUUGGUACAGGUCAUUCAUUCUUACGUGAAGAUCACCCAAAAUGCCAGUCAAAUUUCUGUUUUUGUCGUCGAUUAUUGAGUAUUUAUUCAAUUAAUCAUCACCCUUAUUACAAUUAUAACAGUACACAGUGACUCGUGAAUACAUAAGAUAAUCACAAAGAUAUGAAGAUUUUAAAAUGCAAUGUAUACAGUUGGAAUGAGUUUUAGCUAGAGAAUAAACUUUUUAUUAUUUCAUAUAUCUGAAUCAAGUAUCACCUAUACUUCCAUUUAUGCUAAUUUCUAAACAUUAAUUAUAAGUACACGUAGGCUUACAUGUAAAUAUCCAAUACAAAAAGAACAUUUAGAUUUGAUGGUUUAGUUUAGAUGAAUGGAAAAACGUUUUCAUUUUGUUGAAAUUUAGAGCUUUUACUUAGCUUCAUAUAUUUUAACAUUUUUUUAAUGACGGAAUUGAUGGAACUUAUCUGUGGUUUUCAAAUAAUUGGCUUAUAAUACUUAUGGUAUAGUGAUAUUCGGAAUUAUAAUAAGUUGUUAACUAUCGUUUUCAGUUAAAAGAAAACUAAAUCUUUCCAGUUUAAAAUACAUGUAAUCGUAUUUUAUGAUUCUUCUGCCUUUAAAUAUAUCAAUCUAUAUUAAGUCUAUUUUAUGUUAUUUUCAAUUUGCUUGCUUGCUAGGUGUCUUAAUUGUCUGUUUCAGACAUUGACGAUCAAGGCUUUCCAUCUAAAUCUAUCUCUGGUUCUUUGUAAUGUGACGAUGCUCUGUUACCAGUCUCCCAAUGCACUCGACCAUGUAUUUCAUGCGCUGUCUCCCUCUGCUUCUCUUUUCCUCACUUUUUCCUGUCAUCAUCCCGUUUUCCGCUCCUCCUCUUAUCAUAAUAUGCCCAAUAUCCUUUACAUUUUCAGUUUACAGGGUAAAAAUGAAAUAUUCAAGAGUGUUGUUUGAAAAUGUGCAUGAUGAUAUUUGAGAAUAUAUAUUCCAUAACAUUAUUGAAAGGUCUUUAUCACUUAUUCAGCUAAAUGUUCUUACGUGUGUAUUUCAAUUAAUUUCUUUCGAUCCCAUACAUUUAUUCGGAGAAAACGUCUUAAAUUGCAAUAAAAAAAUUAUUUCAAUCCCAACGAAUUUUUAAAAGAAAAAUAUUGCAUCAUUUUCUUAUAAAUUGUCAAUGUAAAUAA